UUGAGCGUGUGCGGCUUGAACCAAACCUCUAUUUUCGCUUUCUUUUCCUGAAUAUUUGUUGCGACAUCGACGGCGUUAGGCCACAGCGAUGUCGACAAACGUCUACUCUAAUCUUCCCCCUCAAGCUCGCCGUCAUCCGCUUGCCAACACUGCUGCAAACAACAUCAGGCCUAUUCAGCCCGUUCGCCAGCAUAUUCCCGGGACACCUCCGAGACAACAGGAACAACCUCCAGCGCAGCCUUCGUCCCCUCCGUUGCCCAGACAGAAUGUCAAAGUCCCUCCUCCGUCCCCUCCCCGGGUCAUCACUGAUAAGGCGAGAGUAUUGCAUUUCACGAGAGUCGGAAUGCUCGGAGAGGGUGGCUUCGCACGCGUAUACGAAGUAGAGGAUCGACAGAGGAAGAGAUGGGCCUGCAAGGUUGUCACGAAACAGUCGUUGAAGACGAAGAAAGCCAAGACAAAGCUAUACGCAGAAAUCAAGAUCCACCGAGCACUUAAGCACCCGAACAUCGUCCGCUUUAUGGACUGUUUCGAAGACGACGAGAACGUUUACAUGACUCUAGAACUUUGCCACAACGGCUCCCUCAUGGACAUGCUACGGCGACGCAGGCGAUUUUCGGAGCCCGAAGCACGAUACUUCAUGGUCCAGCUGCUCGGCGCAUGCCACUACAUGCACAAUCAUCAAGUCAUACACCGCGACCUCAAGCUUGGCAACAUUUUUCUUGACGUAAACAUGAACGUAAAGGUCGGUGAUUUCGGCUUGGCCGCGCUCAUCGAGAACCCGGGAGAGCGCAAGAAGACAAUCUGUGGCACACCGAACUACAUUGCUCCUGAGGUCCUCUUCGAUACCGCCAACGGUCAUAGCUUCGAGGUGGAUACCUGGUCCAUCGGAGUCAUUCUUUACACCCUUGUCAUUGGACGGCCGCCUUUCCAGACGAAGGAUGUGAAGGCUAUCUACAAGCGUAUCCGUGACAACGAAUACGAGUUCCCCGCAGACCGUAUCGUAUCACUGGAGGUCCGGGAGCUCGUGCAGCAGAUCUUGACACCAGACCCGCAGCAGCGCCCCACGCUCCAUGAAAUCUUGGACGACUACUGGUUUACACGUGGUAUCAUGCCAGCCUGCAUCCCCGUUUCCGCCCACGACACGACCCCAGAUUUCCGCCAUAUCACCCUCUCUGUCUCCCAGCAGAACCUUGCGAUGCUCCGCAAGCACGCGGGGCUCGAUGAUGAAACCGGUGACAUUGCGGUGCCGUCCGCACCUGACCCUGCUGCGAGCAAACUCCGGAAUACGACCGCCAGUCUCGCGCAGCAGGAGAAGGAGUUCCAGAAAGCCGUCCAGCCUGGCAGUCCUAUUUCUGCACUGCUCAGUUCCGCGAGGCAGCCGCUCCUCGUUGCACCCGCCACCACACGUGGGGAGCAGCCGUUGUUCCGCAAGCUCCAGACAGCGAAAGUCGAGCAGGCGCGUGCGUCGCCCGGCCGCAUCCCGCGCGAGGCACGUCUUGGGGAGGAGGGCGAUCCAGGAAACAAGGCCGAAGAGCUCCGCAAGAAGGAAUUGGAGUCUCAGAAGGCCCGCAUUGUGGCGCAAAUGGUCCCCGCGCAGGCCGCCGCGCCCACGUUUGGCUACGACGACGUUGAGAAUAUUCCGCCGCCACGGCCUGGCGCCAGCGACGCGCUGCGGGAGAAGGCAAAGGCAGCCGCUCCGACGAGGACCGACAGCCCGCCUAUUCCCGUGUCGGCGUCGGCGUCAAAGAUUAACAGCUUCGAUGCAGCUGCGCAAGUGCUGACGACUGCCUUUGAGGCCAAGGCGGCGGGCAAGCUUUUCCGCGACCCGAGAGAAGAUACGGAGCUGCCUGACCCGAAGGUCUUCAUCGUUUCAUGGGUGGACUACUGCAACAAGUACGGCAUGGGCUAUGCGCUGACCGACGGGUCGGUCGGCGUGCAUUUCAACGAUAGUACAACUAUCGUGCUCUCCGCUGACAAGAUACAUCUUGACUACAUCUCUUCGCGGCGGCAGGGUUCUGUUUAUGUCCGGAAGAACUACACGGUAUCGGAUCAUCCUGAAGAGCUGAAGAGCAAGGUAUACCUCUUAAAGCACUUUGAGAAGUACAUCAUGGACCGGCUCUACGGCGACUACGACUACACCUUCGAGGACCGCGAGCGGACGAAGGGCAUGGACUUUGUGCAGAAGUAUCUCCGCAUGAAGCAUGUCAUUGUCUUCAAGUUGAGUCACGAUGUCUUGCAGUUCAAUUUUUACGACCACUCGAAAGUCAUCCUGUCUUCACACGGCCUCCUAGUGACGCACAUCGACAAGAAUUACCAGCUUUCGCGACAGCCACUUAGCGAGAUCAUGGCCAACGCGCUUCGCCCGCCCAUGAACGCCGAGCAGGCGAAGCGAAAUGAGAAGCUUGUAGAGAAGCUGCGAUACUGCAAGGAGGUGCUUGCGUCCAUCCGGAACGCCAGUGCGCAGGCACAGGCACAGGUACAACUGUCCCCUGUUGAGCCCGAGGCGAUGCAGAUGCCCACUUCGGCGUCGGCGCGGACGGUGAACACCCGGCCGUCGAAGGUGUCACUCCGGUAGUGCCCUUCCCUCCUGUUUCCGCUUGUUGUUCAGGUUCCCUUCGUCACGGUGGCCCCGCUCGAGGACGCUAGGUCCUCGGCGUGCCUACAGCUUCUCACGACUCCUGUGACGUGUAUACCCCUGCAUGAACUACCCCGUUCCUUUCGUACUUUUCUCAUCUCACGCUACGCUAUGACACUCUUAGCCAGGCUCACGACUAUCUUUAUUGAUCUGCACACAUCACGCGAUCUUCACCCGCACACAUAGCUUACCCUCGUUCACCCACUUGCGCAGCGAAACGGACCGUGUUCUUUCUUGUGUUGAGUGUAUGCACCCACUGUAGAAUUGCUGUAAUAUUGACCGAAUCGCAUGGUAUCUGCACGGUGUUCGCACGAACAAAGUCGCUGCUAUUUGCGUCAUUUAUCG